UGUGAGUCUCGCUGGCGGUAACAUCGUUUGUACCCGCGAACAAUACACAGCAGCUCCCGAGCACACAUUCACAGCUUUGAUCAUCAAGAAUUCAGCAUAAUUUUUGCGGAAAGAAGGAAGUUGCCGAAAGUCAAUCCAAAAGAUUUCGUAGCUCCGAGCCCAACUUAAAAAGAGCCAUCUCUCCACUACACAAGGACAAUUUUGAACCAGCUGAGGAGUCAAAUGGCAAACAAAACGAUAGUAACGCACGGCAACAGCGCGUCAGCAUCGGCAGCUGUGGCAGCAGCCGCAUCAGCAGUAGCUCCACCUACUCCACGUCCACCCGUGUAUCUGAGUCAUGACGUGAGUUCCCAGCCACCCAGCUCUCAGAUCCACACCGACGAGUUCAAACAUGCAAUCAGUUACGUUAGCAAAGUCAAGAAUCGAUUCCAAGAACAGCCCGAUAAAUAUAAGAGAUUUCUGGAGAUAUUGCAAAAAUACCAGAAAGAACAACAAAAUUUGAAGGAAGGGGCCGGACCAGGAACCCAGUCCACUGACAACAAGCAGAUGACAGAGGCUAAGAUGUAUUCUCAGGUUGCAAAACUGUUUGAGGACCACGAUGAUCUGCUGGCCGAGUUCGUCCAUUUCCUGCCUCAUGCUGCGGACCUUCAGAAACAGCUGGAUCGUAACAGUGAAGAAUUGUCACUUUUGAACCUGAACCGAUAAAUGUGAAGAUGAGUUAGACAUUUAACAACAGCAUGUCGGCAAUCCAAAAGUGUACAGCAUCAAUCGAAAAAAAUGGGACUGAAACGUUCUCCAUCGACGACGCUCUACCACAACUCCUUGUCCACAUGUCAACGUACUACUUACCAUCUACCUGCUAAGAAACACAAGCGGAGCACAUCUUUCCGGGACAUUUCCCUCUAAACUGUAUUUGUAUGGGUGGAAGGGGGGUGGAAGACGGGAAGUGUAGGAGAGUAAUUUGUAAUUACAUUUCUAACACUGUCUUUUAUUGUUCACCCUCUCGCUAUUCUUCAAUUUCAUUCAAAACACGACGUACAACUGUGUGUCAAUAUUAAAUACUAUAAUAUAAAUAUAUCCCACUUACAUUUAAUAUUGCAGUGUACAUUUGAAAACGUAUACAUAUUUUUCUGUAUAAAACCAAAAACGUUUGGAUAACCAAUCACACAAGGAAAGUAACCUUCUGCUCUUACAAUUUGGACAUGCAGAAUUCGACUUUAUCUUGUAACAGCAAAAGGGAAAACAGAAUACUCUUGGGCCAAAGACGGAGCUGUUUUAUUUCUUAUUUUGAAUUACUUUACCCAAAUUAUGAAGCAAAGGAUCAUGAAUUUUCCUAAAAAAAGUUACAAGUUUAAAAUGUACGUUCUUCAAGUGGGUAAAAUUGGAAGACUUUCUAUCGCAGACAACUCACCAUUACAAGUAAAUACAAUUUCAAGCACCAUAAAAUUUCAUGAUUAGCCAUUUAUGAAAUA